UCACGAGACCAGAUGAAGAACAACAACAAAACGAGAGAUAGAGAGAGAGACGUCAUCAAGAGAGAAGGAUUAUGGCUCUAUUUUCGCUGUGUUCUGGUGGAAUGUGAAUUAGCUGGUGUGAUUGGUCAAAUGAUUUCCCAAUGACUAAAGCUGGGAAUGACCUUGAUUAAUGCCCUAUCACCUUGAAGGUUAUAGAAAACUGUAGGAUGGAGAAGAGUGGGAAGAGUUCAGCGUAAGGGUGUGAUCAUGGAGGCUGCCAAGGCUUCUCCUGAUGAGCCAGAUGGUGUGAGGUUCACCAGCCAACAGCAAGUGGUACAGCUGUGGACGUACCAGUAUGCCCUGCGCUUAAGGCAUCUGUCACAGGUGGUGGGCAGGAACUUGCGAGGCCAUGGCACUUAUCCUGCACCAAAUCCCGAUUGUCCCCUUCCUUCAAAAUCCCCACGUCCCUUGGCUACCCAUGGGUAUUACUAUACAAUUCAUACACCAAAGAACAAAGAUGAAAUCUAUUCUAGUGAGCUUCAGAGCACAUGUAAUCCCAACUGGGUAGAUUUACAGCAGGAGAACAUCAGUCCAAUAAAUCUGAGAUCUUUAAAAGGCAUUAUCAUUAGGUUGUGGUUCAAGCCGGAGACGCAGAAAGAGAAAGCUCAUCUGGUGACGUCAUGGGGUAUACAUUUCAGUGGCCUUAUCCCCAUUGGCCCAGUCUUGCCUUAUGACCACGACAAUUACGAACCCAAUACCCUAGUCCUCAAGCUGAGGCAUAUGUUCUACACGGCUCCUGGAAGCUACCAUCAGUCUGAGCCAGGGAAAUUACUACCUCUGCUACGCUUUGGGUUUUCCUUGCCACUUUCAGAAACGAAGCGCUGCUAUACAGUCAGUUCUUUGUCGAGAUUACAUAGCACGAAACGAGCUCAAAGACAACAAGAAAUCAGAUGUCAGGAGACAAAUGAAGUCCUUGAGAUGCGAGGUGUUACAAGAACCUCACGGGCUUCACAGUUAGCUGCUGAGGUUGAAGAUUACAGAGUUAAAGUUGCACUUCUCCGUGAACAGCUCGAGGCAGAAAUUGAUCAGCUGAGGGCUCUUAAACUCUCAGCUGACAAUUUGGAUAAUCAAAACCAAGAAAAAGGCCUGGAGUUAUUGGGAGGAUACCAGGGACUCCACAGGCAGUUGGUCCAUGUCAGAGGCCUACAGGAUGUAACCAGCGGUGACUGGGAGAGCCUUAGAGAGGCCUGCACCUGCCUCGGGGAGUGGCGCAGAAUGCUUGUGUCCCAGUUACCCUUGAUUUACCCAAUUACUCAAGAGAGUGAUGGCAAGAAGCAUAGAAUAUGUGGCGUCCAUUUGCCAGAUGCAGAGAACUAUGACAACUGUAAUGAAGUGGCUCUCAGUGUAGGGCUGGGUUUUGUAGCACAUUUAAUUGUCCUCAUGGCACACCUCUUGCAUGUCCCCUUGCGCUACCCUGUUACUCCAAAUGGAUCACUGGCCACCAUCACUGACACGACUUCUUUACAGCUUCGGGACAGUGAGAGGGAGUUUCCUCUAUACACCCGAGGAAAAGAGAGGGAGAAGCUGCAUUUUCAAUAUGGUGUGUUUCUGCUCAAUAAGAACAUUGCACAGAUACGAUGGUACUGUGGUAUUCCAACACCAGACCUCAGGCAAACUCUGCCAAAUCUGAGUGCUCUUAUGAUGAAGAUUACUCAGUCCAGCAUUGGUGGUAACCAGCCAAUGGCAGUGAUGCCAGAUGUUCUAGUGCCUCCCCCUGCAUCACCUGUUCCUGUAAAUCUUGAAGUGCGAACUCCUGCAACUCUCUUGCAUCAGCAGCGGUCUCCACGCCUCCCUCUGAAUCCCUUGGCUCGCAGCAUGUCUCAGGAUAAUACAAAGGUUCCCUCAAGUAUUGCUGACCCUCAAGAUAGUUCUGCAGAGUGGAAACUGGGUAAAUCCGAUAGCGAGACUGAUUCCACCAGUGAGACUUCGCCAAUUAAUGCAUCCCUCUAUGUAAGAGAAGCAGUUCCUCUGAGUGGAGAAGGUAGAACUGGAAAGUUUGUAUUUGUAGACAAAGUUAACCACACUCUAGUUGAUUCAGGUCAUGGUGAUCACCAUAAUAUAGAUGAAAGGUUAUCUCAUUCCAAUGGGUUUAGUUUUUCAUUAGAUAAUGGCCUCAAUCACAUUGGUGGAAAACACAAUCCCUAUUACAAGAUCAGUGAGAUUUCUAGUUGUGAUGAUUUAAAGUUAAUGAACAGUGUAUCCAAGGCCUUAGGACUUGUACAUGGGUCAGAUCCUAGUUUGACAGCAAAGAAAGAUCGAAGCUCUACUGAGGAUGCAGAGGAUGACAACUUACCGGUUUUCAAAGAACAAACAACAGAGCUACUUAGGUCAUGGCAUGAAGAUGCUCCCUCUCAUUACGAAGGUGUUACAGAGCUUGGUAGUUCACGAAAGUUAGAGGAAGUAGGUGUAGAGUGCGAUGAGUCUUUCAUGUGCCCUGCCUCCAAGAACAACCCACCCUUCUCAAGACAAGAUGCCCUAAUAUGCAACAGUAAUAAGUCCAUAGAGUCUGUAGAAUCCCUAGAAUCAAAAUUAAUUGGGGGAAAUGGUAAGCAGAGUCAAGAACAGAGUCAAGAAAAUCCUGUACAUAAAGAAUCUAGUGAUUUUAGUGACACAAAGGAUACUACAGAGAAUGAAAAAGAUACAAAAGAUUCAGCAGUUAGUGUCAAAGAAGGGCUUGAAACUGAAAGUGCUGCCCUCACUCUAAAGGAACUUGGAGUAACAGAAGACAUGUUUCUUAAUGAUGUUGCUUUCAGAACAGCUGCAUUAGCUAGUCAGAACUGUAGUUUUAAAAUGUCCUUUUCAAGACAGAGCACUGAAGAUGAAUAUCAUUAACAAGUAAUUUAUGAUUAGUGUCAUAAGUUUUUAAACAUACAUGUGAUAUCUUCCUUUCAAUCUCUUCUCAUCCUCUCUGAGUUUCCUCAUCUUGCCUUCUGUGUCUCACUUCUUACUCUACAAUACUUUGCUCUGUGUCUCUGUAGAGAGAGUCUUUAUCACAAUUUACUUGAUAUAUUGUAUUACUGAUUUAUGGUAUUAGAGUGGAUAGUAGAUAGAUAGUUGAAUAAUAUUUAUAUUUUAUUUUUAUUCUAGUUUCCCUCAUUAAAGUACAGUGAUAUUUUGCAGAUUUUUUUAUUUAUGGUUUUGAAAUAUAGUACUACAAACUGUGAUAAUGUUUCUUGUGCUUAGAGAUUAUUAAAACAGAGAGAACAAAUGUAAUAUAUAUUACAGGAUUCACAUGGAAUGUGAGGAAAGAGAAGGAAGUGAAAACAAGUAAUAUUAAUUUUCAGUAAUAUCCACAUUAUAUUAUAUAAUUACCAACAUGCUAUGUAUAUAAUUAUUAUCACUUUCAAAUGUUAGUGAAGUUCAGAAAAUUCUUUUGUUUUAUAUAAUUUUUUUUUUCAUUGUUUUACAGUUUCUGAAAGGCAUCAAGUACAGUGAGUAAAAUAGGUGUAGAAUUAGUGUUAAGAUAUACUUGCCUUUUGCACAGGAAAUUGCUCAAGAUUGAAGAUUUCAUGACAUUUGCAGAAGGAGAAUACUCAUCCAAAAAUACACACUUUACAGAGGGCCAAUAAGAUGAGCAAGUGGGAACAAGGAAAAGAUCUGAAUCUUUUUUAAUGGGAAAAUGAGAUGGAAUUUGAAAUAAUAAUAAUACUAACUUGUAUGAAGUUAAUGACUUGAGCAGUUUAUCAGCCUUAAAGAUGUGCAGAUUGCCAUGUCAUGCAGUUUUGUUGUGCAGUUGAUUUGCAAACAUAUAGAAAGCAAAGAUGAAGCUUAGUUGUUUUUUAUUUAUCCUCAAGUUUUGUUGUUACAGAUUUUUGUUAGUAGAAUAACAAACCAGUAAGAAUUUCAGUGAAGCAUUGAAAAUCAGUGAUUUUUUUUCCUGAGUAUGAUAUCUUAUUUAGAUGGUUAGUGUAAGACUUUCCCAAGUAAAAUGAUGUGGUUGUAAAAAGGAAAAUGGUAAGAUGCAUCUUAUUCAGAACUACCAUGUAUGACGACUUCUCAGUCUAAGUCUUUUUUAUAGUCAUAUUUACCAUAUCUAGUGAUUUUAUAAAUACAUAUUAAUGUAUAUAAUGACAAUAAUAUGCAUGUCUCUGUUACUGCAUUAUUGAUGCUGUUGUGUCUGGGUUUAAAGGGUCACAUUGACGUCUUCAAAAUUCUCCAGUAUUCUUUGUUUACCCAUUGUACAGUGUAAUAUAUUUCACUGAUUGAAUUUACUCAUUAUUUUAUACUUGAAUUGUAAACACCUUAUGUAAUAGGUUAUUCACCUUUUUUUGUGGGCUCAUGGAAUGUGUAUUUGUUUGGUAUAUUUGGAAGUGUCACAGAUGGGUUGCGUGUAUGUUUUUAUUCACUGGAAUGUUAAGUAUUUUAGUUCAAAUCAGUGAGACAUGACUGUAGAAAGUCAUAUCCCUUAAAAAAAGACCACUGUUUUGUUCUCUUUUAUGAAAAAUAUUGAAGUGUUAUAUGUAGCUUGACUAUAAUGACUGUCCAGGUUUCUCCAGCCUAUUUGGUCAUCUGACAAUUAAUUUAUAUAUUUUCAUAACUCAGUAUUUUUUGUUUUGAAAGGGAAAAUACUGACUUCAUCUAUUGCCAUGGAUGUAAAAUGUUCAAUUUCGAAUUAUUUGAUAAUAUUAAUGGUGCAUAUUUGUGGAAGCUCCCCAGCUUAAUUCCUUUUUUUCACUUUUUGAAACCAAUUGGUAAUUGCAGUUAAUGAAACCAUGAGAGAAAACGGUGACUCUUACACACUCCGCAUGGUUCUUUCUGUAAAUAUUUGUAGAUAACAAAGCAUCCGUCACAUCAGCAUUGCAAGAGCAUUUUUGAAAGUGUUAUAGGAACAUAUUUUAUUAAAAUGCUGUGAAACAGAUUAUGGAAGUACCCAGAAUGUAUAAAGUUUUUUGCAUAUUGUAGUAUUUCUUGCACAUUCAUCCUUGUAAUAUGUAGUCUGCUAAAUGCUUCAUUGUUAGAACUUUAAACUGGGUAAAUUAUAGAUAAGAAUGAUUAUGAAAUAAGGUUGGAAAGAUCUUGGAAAGGAUGUAUUUUUAUGUAGUGAGAGAAUGAAUAAAUAAUUUUAUGUCAUAUGAAAGAAUUGUUAACAGUACAAUGAGAUGCCAUAAAUAUUUUACAUAUCAAAAUUAACAGAUUUGGAAGGGCUUGCAUCCUGCUUAUAAGGCUAUGAUACUGUGCUUUUUCAAUGGUUAUGGAACUCUGAAACAGUUAUGAACUAAAUCUUUAUGCAAAAUCCUGUGAAAUUAGAUCCUCUGAGAAUGUAACCCAGUUGGGAGCUGGAAAGGACGAAGUAAUGCAGUAGAUUGUGGUAGAAUGCAAUUAUUAGAUUAAUUGUGGAUGAAAUAAAAGAAAAAUUGAAUACUCUAAAUUUAAACUCCACUCUGUUGACUCGAAUACCUCAAAUCAGCAAAGCAGGUAAUCUGUAUGUAGGAAAAAAAAGUAAAUAAAACAAAAUAAAAAUCAUAGUUCAAACACCUCCUUUCCCUGGAAGAGACCAUUUGCAUAUGGCCUUGUGUUAGCUCAUGUGUUAUGCCUUACUAGUACCAUUCACAUGUCAGCCAUUUUGAAGUGAUGACAUGCGUACAUUCCUUAGCAGUGUAAUAAUAAUAAUAAUAAUAAUAAUAUAAAAGGAUUAGGAUUAGCAGUUUCCUUUUUUAAAUGAUUCUUUUAUCUUUCUGUGAAGUGGAUUUGUUUCGAGACAAAUUCUGUGUGGUUUGGAGGCCUUAUGUUACGACCUGAUUUGGAAUUGGAGAUUUUUGGCAUUCUAUUUUGAUAUGUCUUUUGUUUCUUCCUGUAAUAAAGCAGAAUUAUGAAGUACAA